CCGAGUACUCUGUACUAUUGCUGAACUACUGCUGAUGAUACCGGUCAAUAGGAAUCUCCAUCUGCUCCGUAGUCCGUCCGGAAUCCUCGUGGGGGUUGUCGCAGUGAUAUAAAGACACGCAAUUCACCGAGGUCGAAUGGAACCGAGUCAUUAAUCGCACCUACGCAUCUCGAAUCCCUCCUCACUAUCGCAAUGGCGACCCCAGAAGAAGCCGAAUCGACCUACUUCAACAACUACCCACCCCCCAAAGCCCUCCCGAAACACGAGUCCCUAGCUCGCGCAUUCAUCAACUACCAUGCCGAGGAGAACCGACGAGUAGUCCUAGUGACAUCCGGAGGCACAACAGUCCCUCUAGAGAACCAAACGGUCCGCUUCAUCGACAAUUUCUCCGCAGGAACGAGAGGAGCUACAUCGGCAGAGUAUUUCCUGCAGGAAGGGUAUGCAGUGAUUUUCCUGCACCGGCAGUUCAGUCUACUGCCAUACUCGCGGCACUACAGCCACUCGACAAAUUGUUUCUUGGAUUUUAUGGACGAGGGGGUUCCGUCGGGGGAUAAUAGUAAUUCGACGAGUCCGGAUCACGGGCCGAUUGUGGUGCACAGUGAGUACCAGGAUCAGAUGCGCGAUGUGCUACGGAAAUACCGCUAUGCGAAGGAGAAUAAUCGGCUGUUGUUGCUGCCGUUUACGACGAUCGCGGAGUAUCUGUUUGAGCUACGGUCGCUGGCGAAGUUGAUGCAUCCGCUUGGGUCCAAGGCGUUGUUUUAUCUGGCGGCGGCGGUUAGUGACUUUUUUAUUCCCAGCGACCGGAUGGCGGAGCAUAAGAUUCAAUCGUCCGAGGUGUCGUCCGCAGAGCAAAGACAGAAAUCCGCUGGGAAUAAUGAGCAGCAACAACAAGAGGGGCAGAGUAAGAAACUGGUGAUUGACCUGGACCCUGUCCCGAAAUUCCUGCACCGCCUCGUGGACGGCUGGGCACCGGAGGGUAGCAUGAUCGUCUCCUUCAAACUGGAAACCGACCCGGACCUGCUAGUACACAAAGCGCAGACGGCUCUGCAAAGAUACUCGCACCAUCUGGUUAUCGGAAACCUGCUCAGCACGCGCAAGUGGGAAGUUGUAUUUGUGACGCCGGACGCGCCGUACGAGCACUGGAUCCGGGUUCCCAAGUCGCGACGGAGUAAGAGUAUCUCGGGGUCAGAGGCACAGGUUGGGUUGGCGGAGGCCAAGAAGAGGAAUCAGGCGUUGAGCGGUGCUCAGGAGGGGCAGGCCGGAAGCGGUAAUGAAGGUGCUGCACCGGGCGAUACGGAAGGUGAGGGAGGGAUUGAGAUUGAGCGAUUGAUUAUUCCGGAGCUGGUCAAGUUGCAUUCUCGGAUGGUCAAGUAGGCUGUACAUACAUACAACUGUAGUGUUAUCGGAGAAUGACCUCCACAGGAACAGACCACUCCACACUUUUCAUUUCAGGGGAGACACCACUAUUUGAGUAUUUGCAGAGCACUACUACCUACUGUAAUAAG